CUAGCACAGGGUCCAUCCAGCAUAUUGAAACCGCCAGCUUGCUUGCUUUACUCCCAUACAAACUCUUGCUGCCUCGCACACGACAGCCGUCACUGUCAGAAGCGACGCCAUCGCAUCGACACGCCAGCGGCACGUCCAGACACUAGUCUUCGCAGCCUCCGAGGACGCACACGUUCAGAGCGAGCCCAUCGACACUGCCCGCGGCUCAUCCCCGUGACCAGGACAGCCCCUCUCACCGAUCCCACGAAGUCCAGCACCGUCACCAUGUCGAACUUGUUCUCCGGCAUAAACGCUCGUCUUCGGGGCCAGGCGAAAAGCCCAGGAUCUGGUGGUAGCGGUCAUGCUCAGUCGCCUGUAGAUCUCGCACAAGGCAAUCAUUCGUCCUCAAGUCUUUCUGCCCCAAGGAUCCCUCCCAUUCAGAGCUCGCCAUCGCUUUCGCAGAACAUCGGAGUUGACGACCAAGCCGCGUAUGCAUCCAAUGGCAAUGACCCCCUCAGCCACUAUCAUCUACCACGGCCGUUGCCAUUGUGGCUCAAUUCUCAAUAUGCCAAGCACAUUGUCAAGGGCAACUUCAUGACAUUGAGCGCGAGACCAAAGACGGUGGAGCAGGGUGAAUGGAUUGCUCAUCAGGUCGUUGAACACUACCGCAAUCUCUGGAACUUUGUUCGUGUAAUUCACGAGAAGGACGACGAUCGGACUUCAAUCUGCAACCCCAACACCUGUCCGAGGAUGUCAGCUGGCGCAAACCACUCGUUCACAUGGCUUAAUAAGGAACGCCAACCAGUGGAGGUGCCAGCCUACGAAUAUAUCACUCUUAUGCAACGAUGGAUUUCGGGCAAGAUCGACGAUACCAACAUCUUCCCCACAGACACGAACGGUGUUUCAUACUCGCACAACCCUGCUUUAUCCAGCAACCCGCUCUCCCAAUUGACGAAUCCCGGUGACAAGGACUGGAUUGGCAAGAGAAGCGGGUUUCCGGAGAACUUCAUCGAGGUCUGCCAGAUGAUCUUCCGGCAGAUGUUCCGGGUCUAUGCUCAUCUGUACUGGGCCCACUUCAUCGACCCGUUCUAUCACCUCAACCUAGAGAAGCAACUCAACAGCUGCUUCAGCCACUUCGUCUUGUCGGCUUGCGCCCUCGAUAUGCUCAAAGGCCCUGAACUGGACCCAAUGCAGCCGCUUAUUGACCUGUGGGCAUACAAUGGCACGUUUCCUCCCGAGUCCAAGGCAUACGAGUAUGCUGAUCCUGCUGCCGGCGAGUAUCUGGCCAAGUUGGCCAAUGCCGCGUAGUGAGGUCAAUGUACACCUUGCAUCAUAACGGCCCACUGGCUUGUUUCAAUGCGUUCAUAAACAAUGCUCUGAGAGGGCCGGGAUGACGCGAAUAGCUUGUGGUUGCUACAUGCAUCUCAGUACAGACCCGUCUUCACGCAGUGAAGACCUCCGAAGCAGGCAAGCAGGCAACGGACCACGCCGAAACCGACUCUGUGUAUUCAUGGUUGGAAUAGUGGGAAGCAUAGCGCUGCAAUGGACGAUUACCAGAAGUUCCGGACAAGCAUGGUUGUAGUAGAAAGAGUACAUUUCUGCAUAUUGAACAAAGUAAAAGAAAUUCUAAGCAA